AUGGCAGGGAGGAAAUUGCGAAGGAAGAAACCGCAGUGCAAUAUAUGUCAAAAGGAAGUAAUAAAUAUAAAAGAGCAUAUGAUAACUCAUACCGAUGAGAAGCCGUACGUUUGUCCGAUAUGCAACAGAUAG